UCAAUUGGUUAACAAAAUGAUGUGGCUGCUGCUUCUCGGAAUCUUGCUGCUAACUGUGUUUUUCUUGUACCGAUCCAAUCAAUGGGUCAAUUACCAAAUCAAGUUUUUACUUUACUACACAUUAGUCAAUGUAAUCGCUCUGAUAUCGAUGCCAAUCUUUCUAUUUCGCCCAUUUGAUGUCGAAAAUUACAGAAUUGUGGGAUGGAUGCUUUUGAAGACGGUUCAUUUUAUAAUGCAGAUCAAAAUCGAUAUCCGGAAUAAAGAAAAUACGUUAUCUGACAAGCCUGCCAUUAUGGUCUGCAAUCAUCAAAGUUCUAUUGAUUUAUUAGGCAUGAUGUCGAUCUGGCCAUCACGCUGCACUGGCAUGGCAAAGAAGUCACUUCUCUAUGCUGGUCCAUUUGGACCUUCUGCAUGGCUGGCAGGCACAAUCUUCAUUGAUAGAUUCCAGCCGGGGAAAGCGCGAGAAACAAUGAGAGGAACAGUGGAUUUGAUCAAAAAGAAAAAUGUUAAAGUAUGGGUGUUCCCAGAAGGGACUCGUAACCAUGACGGCAACAUGCUGCCAUUUAAGAAAGGUGCCUUCCAUUUAGCUAUUCAAGCACAGAUUCCCAUUAUACCAGUUGUCAUAUCAACUUAUGAUACUUUCAUGAACAAAAAAAGAAAGUUUUUUAAAUCGGGGAAGUGUAUCCUCACUUGUUUACCUCCGGUAUCAACUGAGGGGCUUACGGCAGAUGAUGUGAACAGUUUAACAGAACGCGUCCGUGAUCAGAUGGUUGCUGUAUUCAAGGCUUCAUCUGAUGAAAUAAGAGAAAUAGCGAGAGUUGACGAUGCCAAAAAGACCCAAUGAUUUGUGAACACAAAGACAACCAGUAGUUUUUGUCGCCAUGGCAACAAGAACCAGUGAUACUUUGCUAUUGCUUCCUGUGAAAAACUGGUUGGAUGUGGGACCAGAUGUUUGAGACUUGAGAAAUGGUUGUAUAUUUCAGUGAAUACUCGAGCCGGCUUACUUAUAUGUCAUAGUCACUUUCUUCAUAUGUUAUUUCAUUCCUGCUUCUAUGUCAUGUAUUAGAAAUGAUAACAGGAUAAUUUGAAUAUGAAACAUCAAGUUAUCAUCAUUAUUUCAAUGUUGAAGCAAUUCCAUUUCUGUUUUGUAUAUUGUUGGUGCUUCCUUAUUUGUUUAUAUUCUUGUUUUAGAGACAGUUGUAAACUUGAGCUUUAGCAUAUCUUCUAUCAGAGAAAGAAAUGUAUUAGUAGCACAAUUUCUUUAAAGAUUGCAGUGAUACAUGUACACAUGCAGUGUACAUGUACACAUGCAGCGUACAUAUACACAUGUAGUGUACAUGUACACAUACAGUGUAGUAUUAUGAAGCACAGAUUUUGUUGGGGUUAAAGUCUGUUUACAAAGCACUUUCAUAUUACGAUCGCUUCUGCUAUCAGUCAGCAAAUAUUGUGCCAUGUAAGUGUUUGAGGCUUUGUUCGAAACUAUUUUAUCUGACUUGUGGGCUAUAUUUUGUAGAGGAAUGUAGUGUAAAUGUAGUCUGUUAGUACAUGUGUGAAUCGCACAUGUACAUGUAUAUUUUUACAUGCAUACUGGUUGCAUGAAGCUGAUGUGCUCUUGUACAGUCUUACCUCAUUAGUCCUGGUGCCGACUGUUCAUGUACUAUUGUAUUAUAGACAUGUUGAUUACACUUGAUUUCACAGUUCAAUCAAGGGUUGUACUUUAUGAAAUUGCCAAUCUUAAGACGAGAAGAAUUGAUCCAAAAAGCACAAAACAGACACUGUAGUUCUGAAAGAACAGGAUAUGCCCGCACAUGUCUCCAUGUACUCCAGGCAGUGUAUUGUGCAUGACCUCGAGAUCUUCAUGAUCUUAGCUUUGCUACAUGUAAGUCUCCUUGCCUUGGCAGUUAUCCCAGUAGGUGUUCACACCGUGAUAUCGUCAUUCAUCUUCUGCCAUAGUCAUCUUGUCAAACGUUUAAUUGAAGAAUUUGUUGAAUAAAGCUUACUAUUUUCACA